CUGCCUCACCGUACCAGGUUUAUAAAAGGCCUGGCUGGCAACAAUAAACCAGAAAAAAGAGGGUCAACAACUUACAGCAAUGGCUGGUAACCUGCCACAAGAGGUGGAAGCCUAUCUCGAGGAAAUAGUCAAGCGUCUGACGGAAUACCUGCAACACCAGCUCGUGGGGAUAUAUCUAUUUGGGUCUGCGAGUUAUGGCGCCUACGAGUCCGGCCUCAGCGACCUUGACGUACAGACCAUAGUGACGGAUCGGCUGAGCACCGUCGAGAAGCAGGCAGUGAUCAGCCGCCUAACCCACGCCGCCUUACCUUGCCCGGCGACAAAACUCGAGUUCGUGGUGUAUGCACAGAGCGCGGUGUAUCCGGCCCGUCGUCACCCUCGCUUCGAACUCAAUCUCAACACGGGGCUUCACCAGCCCGAUCAUAUCAGCCUCGAUCCCGCCAACGAGUCCAGCCACUGGUUUCUGCUGGAUAUCGCGAUGGGACGUCAGCUUGGCCGCAGCCUGUGCGGCCCUGAUCCGACCCACGCGUUCGGCGCGAUUCCUCAACGCUGGAUCCUGGAAGCAAUCGCGGACUCGCUCGAUUGGCACCACGAAAACGAACUCAGCUCUCCCAACAGCAUUCUGAAUGCGUGCCGAGGCUGGCAAUUCAUUGUCACGGGCGAGUUCUCUUCCAAAUCGGAUGGGGCCAAAUGGGCCCUACAACAACAGGACUGUCCGGACGUUGUUCGACGGGCAAUCCUCGCGCGCAACACAGGCGACAAACUCCCUGCGGCCCAGGCAAGGAUGCUCUAUGAUAUUGUUAUGACGGCCAACCGUGCCAAACUCGCGACGGAUAUAUAGCUUGACUUGGGCGCCCCAAUCCAUGGCAGCAGGUAAGCCAUCGGGGUUCUAGAGCAGGGGUGGACAAUCGAGAUCUUUAUUUAUCUAUACUCAGAUUUUAGGCCAGUUCAAGAGUAUGCGAACAGAUGAUUUAUCGGGUCUUGAGGAGAUGUGGUGAUGUCGAAUGACACGAUCUUCCUGCGCAAUCUAAUAACAGGAUGCUCAGGACGUUCAGCUACUUUAGCAGUUUUGGAAUUUCUUGGUCAUGGAACCAAUAUUUGACGCUGGCCGGAUCGAGGUUCCUUACCAUUCAGCAGUGGGUUGGGUUUGUUGCUGGUGUCUUGGGUAAAGCAUUUCAAAUCAAAGAACCGUAUAGAAUAUUACUCGAAGCAGUAUAACC